UGCAUCUAAAUAAUAUAGGUAAAAAGUAAGUUUCGGAAAACAAAAGAAUAAUAAAAACAAACAAUGAAUAAAACGGCAUUGAUUUUGAAUAUAAAUCGUACUAAAAAGCUUAAUGCCUUUACUUGUCUAGUAGAUAUUGAUAAAAUUGAUGAACGUAAAAUCAAUAAGAAAUCUACUUUGCCCUUACAUGGCACAACUUUCUGUGUAAAAGAUAACUUUUGCACCACAGGAAUACAAACGACAUGCGGAUCAAAUAUGCUAAAAUCUUUUGUCCCUAACUAUGAUGCAACUGUAGUCCGAAAGCUUCAUGAAGCUGGUUCUCUCUUUAUUGGAAAAACAAACUUGGAUGAAUUUGGAAUGGGGUCUGGAAGUUGUGAUUCUUACUUUGGUCCUGUAAAAAAUCCAUGGGGGUUUGACGAAAAGAGAUGGAAAAUAGCUGGUGGUUCUAGUGGAGGAAGUGCUGCUGCUGUUGCCUCAGGAGUAGCUUCGAUUGGCUUAGGAUCAGAUACAGGAGGCUCAACUAGAAAUCCGGCAUCCUAUAACGGAGUUGUCGGUUUUAAACCGACAUACAUGACAUUAUCAAGGUUUGGUUUAAUCUCGUUAGUGAACUCUAUGGAUGUUCCUGGAAUCCUGACCAGAAAUGUUGACUUAUGUGCAAAGGUGUAUAAUUUAUUAAAAUUUGAAGAUGAACAAGAUUCUACAAAUAUAUUAACGGGGUAUCGAGAUCGAAAUAGAAAACCAUUUAAUUUAAAAAAGGCUGUUAUUGGUAUACCUAAAGAAUAUUUUUGUCACGGACUAUCAGAUGAGAUAAAAAAAACUUGGAUACACCUUGCUGAUGUAUUAGAGAGACAUGGAGCGAAAGUUAUUGAUAUUUCAUUGCCAAAUACUCUUUCUUCAAUAUUCGUAUAUUCCAUUUUGAAUCAAUGUGAGGUUGUAAGCAAUAUGGCCCGUUAUGACGGAUUAAAAUACGGGCUACGCAAGGACAUCAAAAAGAGCACCGAAGCAAUGUAUGCUAAGACUAGACAGGUUGGCUUCAAUGCUGUGGUUAAAAAUAGAAUAUUGGCGGGUAACUUUUUUUUAUUGAAAAAAAAUUAUGAAAAAUAUUUUGUUAAAGCUCUUAAAGUACGUCGUUUAAUUUCUAAUGACUUUGAAAAAGCUUUUAAUGGGCUCGAUUCAGUCGACUUCAUACUUUCGCCUGUUACUUUGACAACCGCUCCGUCUCAUUUGGAAUUUAGCAAAUAUAAAAACCGAGAUCAGUGUGCCUUACAAGAUAUUUUCACACAGCCAAGCAACAUGGCUGGUCUACCAGCAAUAUCUUUACCAAUUAAUAUAUCUAAGGACGGUCUACCCAUCAGUUUACAAAUUAUUGGACCUAAGUAUUGCGAAGAAGAAUUAUUUCAAUUUUCUAGCUGGAUUGAAACUUACUUCGACUUCAAGAAGCAUUACAAAUUAAUAUCAUAAAAAAUAGAGUUAAUAUAUUCCCUAUUAAAAUAUUGUUGAGUAGGAAAAUUUUAUAUUAUAUUUUAUUUCAAUUAUCCAGUCAUUUGAUAAAUUAAUUUUGCCGAGUAAUUAUUAACGACUGUCCAUAAUACUAUUGACACAGAAUUGGUGCAACCAGUGGGAAAUGAACUUAGUUUUCCAAAAAUUGAAAAAUUAUACCUCCCUUCGAAAAGAAUUGCUACCUCAUUUCUAUGUAUAAUCGAUAAUAUAGCUAAAAGUAUGCUGAAAUAAAAUAUAUUAUUUCGACUAAUUAUCUUCGCAUAAAAUUAGUAC